GUUAACUGCCACCCUCCCCUCCCCCUUGACGCACACACCCGGGCCAGGUGGCAGCUCCCCAGGGAUCACCACCAGGACUCCUGUGGCCUCAGACACCCCUGGGCUUCGACAAGUCUGAGCCAUUUGAGAAUCCUGCCUGCCCUGAGGGCAUCUUUGUGUCCUUGGCCCCAUGGACACCCUGAGGCAAUCCCCCUCCCCCUGCUCCUCGAGACCCUCCAGCCCCAGGACCCCACCCUGCGAGAUGCCUGCCUCUGUGGGCAUUGAGGCAGUGCUGGACCAACUGAAGAUCAAGGCCAUGAAGACAGGGUUCGAGUUCAACAUCAUGGUUAUAGGGCAGAGUGGGCUGGGCAAGUCCACAAUGGUGAACACAUUGUUCAAGUCCGAAGUAUGGAAGUCGCCCCUGCCGGUGCCAGCGGUACCCAUACCCCAGACGCUGCAGCUACACUCAGUGACCCACGUCAUCGAGGAGAAGGGGCUGAAGUUGAAGCUCACAGUGACCGACACUCCCGGCUUCGGGGAUCAGAUCAACAACGACAAGUGCUGGGAACCCAUCCUGGGCUACAUCAACGAGCAGUAUGAGCGGUACCUGCAGGAGGAAAUUCUCAUCACACGUCAGCACCACAUCCCUGACACCCGGGUACACUGCUGUGUAUACUUCGUGCCGCCCACUGGGCAUUGCCUGCGGCCCCUGGACAUCGAGUUCCUGCAGCGGCUGUGCCGGACUGUGAAUGUAGUGCCCGUGAUUGCCCGGGCCGACAGCCUGACCAUCGAGGAGCGUGAGGCCUUCAGGAGCAGGAUCCAGAAAGACCUGAAAAGUCACUGCAUCGAUGUGUAUCCCCAGAAGCGCUUCGAUGAGGAUGUCAACGACAGGAUUCUCAACAGCAAGAUCCGGGAGCGGAUCCCAUUCGCUGUGGUCGGGGCAGACCAAGAGCACUUGGUGAACGGGAGGUGCGUCCUGGCCCGGAAGACCAAGUGGGGCAUCAUCGAAGUGGAGAACACGGCGCACUGCGAGUUUCCUCUCCUGAGAGAUCUGCUCAUCCGUUCCCACAUGCAGGACCUGAAGGACAUCACCCACAACAUCCACUAUGAGAACUACCGUGUUGUCAGACUCAACGAGAGCCACCAGCUGCCUCGAGGGCCAGGCUGGGUGAACCUGCCCCCCGUGAAGCUGCCUCCCACCUCUGCUGGUCAGCCGACUACACCUGGACCCUCAGGGGCCUGCAAGUGAACCCAGGAGGAACCCAAGUAUGAGUUCUGAGUUCCAAAAGAUUUAGACCUGCAGGGCUCCCCAAAUUCUUAGCAACUGGACCUCGACACACACCUGUAUCCUACAGUAUCUGUUAAAGAUAGACAUUGUCUUUUAUAAAAAGCUAUGCUUUGAUGACGAAAGGUAUCUUGU